AAGAGAAGGUGGGGAGUGAGGAUGAAGGUGUCUGUAGCCUCCGGCGCGGGAGGGGAUGGGGGGGAAGGAGUAUUAGGGGAUUCCCGAGCGAGGGCUCUGAAAUCGGGCGGGUCUUGCUUUUGAGUAUUGCCAAGACUCUGCAUGGUAGGGCUUGUCCCCAGCACCAAAGGCAGAAACAACUGAGCCCCUGGACUUUCUGCUUUACAUUGAGAGCUCAGGAGUGGGCGUUUCAUUUUUCCUGCAUCUGGGGAGCCUGCAAGGCUAUAUGCAUUUUGACCUUUGAGAUCUGUGCAGCCCGCUCACCGUCCUUUACCUGGGAGUUAUAUCUUGGACUCUUGCAAGGCUUAGCUAUACAGAAAGCAUGAAUAGAAGAGAUUGGCCGUUCAUGAUGAUUCAGAGAAAUGACAGCUCAGAUAUCCUGGCAGUCCAUAUGAAAGAUGGAAUGAGGAGCUCCCGGUAUAAGCCGGUGGACUACCAGCAGUUACGUGCCCUAACCAAAGCCACAAAGUCUAUGUCUGCUUCCGCAGAGCUGAAGAUCAGGAAAGCCAUGGAGACAUCAAGGGCGGCAAAAGAGCAGAUGCUGAUCAAGCAACAUAAGCAGGUGUGGUGGCAGGAACAGGAGAGGCUGAAGGGGAUCAGAUGUAAAUUGGAGUCUGAAAUAAAAUCUUGUCUCAAUGAGGAGAGCAUUGGAAAUGAAUGUUUUUGUGAGCUUAUGAAUUUUGAGAAAGAGCUGUCAGAACAGUGGUGUGCCUACCUUACAGCUGUCAUUGACCCUAUUCAUCAACUGAGAACAGGCCUGAAGAAACAGCACCGCGCUUCCCAGAGUGCACCCUGCCAUGAGGGCUCAGACUCAACUGUGGUUCUGGAAGAGGUUGACUUUGUCAAGAAACAAUCGGAGGCUGCCUUUGAAAGACUUCAUCAGGAGCAACGGCACUUAGAAAAAGAAGUUUUGGACUGGAAUGUGAAGUUACUAGGUCAUUCUUCAGAAGAAAAGUCUAACCUGCUCAGUAAACAGCCCAUUGAGUUAGAAACGUUGGACUGCCCAUACCCUGAUCUGAAAUCGUCAAUCCUUAAUGAGUUCUGUAACUUUACAGAGAAAUAUCAAGAGAAACUUGAAGACUUUGAUCUGCAAUUAGAAGACAUACGCAGUAACUUCCAACUAAGUGAGGAAGAACAGUGGAUUUACCAGGCUGUCUUAGACCAGUAUCCUGGACAUCUCCUUGGCAGAAGGGCUCUGUACUUGGACAUGUUGCAAAGAUAUUUUCCUUACAAGUCCAGGCAUCAUUUGGUAGAACAUGAGAAAUACUAUGACCGGUAUCACUUUGCUAAAGAGCAGAGGAGAAUCCUCAUAGACAAUUGGAAUAGGAACAGGAAAGACUUUAUACAGAAAGCCAUGCUGAUCCUCGUUGAGGCCUGUGCAGCUCAUGAAAUGGAGAGCCUGCUGGCCAAGGACAGGAAACGGCAACAGGAACUGUGUGCUGACCUGAAAGCCAAGGUCUCUCAAUGGCGAGCCCAACAAGAAGAGUUAUCAAGACUAGAAAUGGAAAUUUCAGCCAGAAGAAGAGAAAGGGAAGAGGAGAAGGAGAAAUUGUGGAAAAAGAAGGAACUACUACGAAGGGAGGAGACAGAGAUUAAAAUAAGAAAAUACUGGACUAAGAAACAACAGAAGUGGCAAGAAAUGGAAAUGAGAGAUCUCCAGCGUCUGGAAGAACUGAAGAAGUUAAUGGCAGAACAGUCAGUGAAAGACAGAGAAAGGGUUAAAUAUAGACAAGAGUUGUUGGAGAAGCGUUUGUUGGAGAGAAAAAAACUGGCCCUUCAAGAAGUCCAGGAAGAAGAAGAGAGAGAGAGGCGGCUGGAAGCCCUACGAAAGCAGGUUGCUGUCGCUGUCCAGUCUGAUCCAGUUAGAAUGAUGUCAGAGACACUGGCCUGGAAGGCUAGGACAGGCCCUGAAAGUGAGGAAGAAUUCAUUCUUCAAAAGCCACUCUUCACAUUGACUACGUACAAUGACCAGCAGACACAGUAUGCCAAAGAGAUGUUACCAAAAAUUGGUCCUCAGAAGCCUCCAAGGAAGGACACAGAAUCAACGGUGUUCAAGGUCUAGAGGGUACAUGCGAACAAACACUGUGUGGAUAUGGAUAAUGAUGACCACUGCUUCUACAUGCUUUAAAAAAUACUGCACACAGAAAUCAUAGCAUUUAUUAAACAACUUUCCCUUUUUUAUCUUCAAA